AUGAGCUCUUACUUUGUAAACUCGUUCUCGGGGCGCUACCCGAACGGCCCCGACUAUCAGCUGCUGACUUAUGGAGCCGGCGGCGACGCAGCGAGCGGCGCCGCGUUCAGGGACUCCGCUGCCACCAUGAACCAUGCCACGGGCUCCUACGGCUACGGCUACAAUGGCAUGGAUCUGACCGUGACCAGCCGAGGAGGUGGGGGGGGCACCAGGACAGGGGGAACCGGCGGACACUUUGGCGAGGACUCAGGAGGUUUUAGCGUCAGACAGUCCAGCUUUUCCGUCACCCCCGGGACAAACUCGCUGCUGACAGCCGAUCGUGAGAGCAGCAGGCUGAGCUCGUCUCCCCCAGCGGAGAAAACAGGAAACGGUAGCCUCAGCUCUCCUAACCUCUCCUCGUUGUCCUCGGCGGUGCAGCGCUUCACGGAGCUGGACGACGCCUCCCCAGGCGCAAAAGAGCCAAACCGAGACCCGAGUCUGGGGAGGAACCCGCCGCCCGCGAGUGGUCUCUCGUUCCAGAAGGAGGAGGGCGGCCCGGCUGGACCCGCGGGCAGCGCGGUCACGGAAGCGCACCCCCCGCAGAUUUUCCCCUGGAUGAGAAAGCUGCACAUCAGCCAUGAUAUCACCAACCCGGACGGGAAACGGGCUCGGACGGCGUACACCCGGUACCAGACCCUGGAGCUGGAGAAGGAGUUCCACUUCAACCGGUACCUGACGCGGCGGCGGCGCAUCGAAAUCGCGCACACGCUCUGCCUCUCCGAGCGCCAGAUCAAGAUCUGGUUCCAGAACCGGAGGAUGAAGUGGAAGAA